AGUAUAAAAAUGAAGAAACAGAGCAGAAGAGGAUGAGAUGAGAGUUUCUUCUUUCUCUACAAGUCACAUAAAAGUCAAAAGAGAAGCCGAAAACGACGCGAUUCUGAGUUUCUUCGAUCGUUGGUUGAAGAAGAAGGUAAAGAAGCAUCGGUCCAUGGCUUGAUCAGAGUUUGUCUCCGGAGGUGGUUCGGAGUAUUAAUUUUAGAUCUUUUAAAAAAAAAAGAAAAAAAGGAAGAUGGCAGUCUCUUUCCCUCGUCUUCCGAGGUGGUUGUGUGGUGGUGGUGGUAACACUAAGAAAGACUCAAAAGGAUCUCCUCCUUCACUGAAUCAUUCACUGAAGAAGUCUAAGACUGGAUCUUCUUCUUUGAAGAAGAUGAAAAGAGGAGGAGGAGAGGAGGGGAAGAUGGGGAAUGUGUUGUUCCCUGAACCAGAUGAUCCUGAGUGGUCCAUUGGUUGGGUGGAGCCACAUGGUCCAGGGUUUAAAAGCGAGGAUGAUACUGGUGGUGGUGGUGGGUUUGUGGUUCUUGUUCCUUGUUACAAGAAAGUGAUUGGUGGUUCAGGGAAUCAGAUUCCAACUGCUGGCUUCCUCUCUCCUGCUACUACUGAUGGGAAGAAUAUUGAACAGUGGCUGUCUUCUAUGGGGAAGCUGUAAUACAACUGGAGGAUUGGGACUUGGGAGGAUCAAGAAAACUAUUUUUCUCAUUUUUUUUUCAGUAUCAAAAUUAAAAAAAAUCAAAAAACAAGAAAAGAUAAAAAAAAAUGAUUUGUGGAUGGAUAGCUUCUGGAGACUUCUUUUGGUUCUCUGUUUCAAGUGAGUGACACCAAAACAUCCAAGUCAUCUCUCAAGAAUCUACUACUAAUGGACAAAUGUGAUGGUGAGGGAGACUUGGCAGCAUAAAAUGAUGAACGAUGGAUUGAUAUUGCUAUGAAUAUGAUUUGAGUAUUUGGAUUUUUUUUUUCAUGUGGGUGUUUGAAGUGAAGGCGUCUUCUGCUUCUGUGGUCGUGUGAUUAUUUGGGCUUUGGAACAAACAAAGAAAAAAUCUAUUUUCUUUUGUUCUUUUGUGGUUGAUGAUGUGUAAUACUACUGUACAUACAUGUACAUAAGUUUCUGUUUUUUUCUUGAA